AUGGGCGAUGUUGAAGCUGAUUCUAGCGAUAUUCUUGAGCAGAAGAUGUUGUUGAGGGAAAAAAUUCGUGCGAAGACACGGGCACUCGAUGUAGACUCGAUCGCAACUCAAAGCUCACAAGUUUGGCGCAGGGUCUUUGCACUUCCGAUUUACAAAUCUGCGAAAUCGAUAGGCUUGUUUUUGUCAAUGCCCUCUGGCGAAAUCAAUACUGAUGAGAUUUUGAAGGACGCAAUCAAGGAAGGAAAAGACAUCUAUGUGCCACAGGUUGGGAAGAACUUUGAAAAGCCUGAUAUGGAUCUUUUGAAAGUAGUUCUAGACGACAGCAUGAAACCAGAGGAAAAAGUAGAAUUUCAUAAACACUGGCCAAAAAACAAGUGGAAGAUCCCAGAGCCACCAGCAGACAUGCCAAUUUUACCAGCAAGCCCAGGAGAUAUUGACCUCCUUAUUGUUCCAGGACUUGGUUUCGACCGGUUUGGUGGUAGGAUAGGCCAAGGAAAAGGGUACUACGAUCGUUUCAUUGCUCGGAUGAACUUGGGCAAAGCGUCAAUGCCAUUGGUCGCUGUAGCAUUGGCACCGCAACUGGUUGAGGGGCAGAUCCCUGUUUCGGCUCACGAUCAAAAGAUGGACACCAUAGUAUUACCAGAAGAGGUGAUCGAAUCAAAAUGA